CCAUCACCCCGCGCCGCCCGCCCCGUCACAUGCUCCCGCUGCAGUAACAUCACCGGUGUGCGCCGGCCGGGGAUGCCGGAAGUGCGGAGCGAGCGGUGCAGCCGGGCCGCGCUCCCGCCGGGCCAUGGCCGCUGCCCCGUGCCGUGCCGGGCCGUGCCGUGCCGGGCCGGUGCCGCUGCAGUUCGCUCCGUUCAGCAGCGCGCUGGACGCGGGCUUCUGGCACGAGCUGACCCAGAGGAAACUCAACGAGUACCGGCUGGACGAGACCCCCAAGCUCAUCAAGGGCUACUACUACAACGGUGAUCCUUUGGGUUUGCCAGCUCGCUUGACACUGGAGUUUAGUGCCUUUGAUAUGAAUGCUUCAAUACCAGCCCGUUGCUGUCCUGCCUUUGGAACCUUGUAUAACACCAACACUUUUGAGACUUUCAAAUCCUGUGAUAAGAAGGCACUUCUGGACAAGGAAGCAAAUGAGAUCUGGGAAUCAAUCAAAUCUGGAGCUGCUCUGGAGAACCCAAUGCUCCUGAACAGGUUCCUGCUGCUGACCUUUGCAGAUUUAAAGAAGUAUCAUUUCUAUUACUGGUUUUGCUACCCUGCUCUGUGCUUCCCUGAUGGAAUUGAGAUCACCCAGAAGCCUGUCUCCCUUGGGGACAGGUUCUCACCAAAUCAGAUCCAAGCCCUGCAGAAAGCCUAUGAUGACCUCUGCCAGGAGGAGGGGGUGACAGCCCUGCCUUACUUUUUCAUCAAGUAUCACGAUAAUUCUGUCAUGAUAUCCCCACUGAAAAAGUGGGAUGGCUUCUUUCAAGACCAAGGAGAAAAGGUGACAGUUGGAGUUUAUGAUCCUUGUAAUUUAUCCCAGUAUCCAGGAUGGCCACUGAGAAACUUCCUGAUCCUGGCAGCCCACAAAUGGGGCAGGGCUCUGCAGAGGCUUGAAGUGCUCUGCUUCAGAGACAGGACCAUGCAAGGGGUGAGGGACAUCACCCACAGCAUCAUCUUUGAAAUCAAACUGCCACAGGCACCCCUGGGCCCAGAUUGUCCAAAAGCUGUUGGAUGGGAGAAGAACCAAAAGGGAAGCAUGGGGCCAAGGAUGGUGAAUCUCAGUGAAUGCAUGGAUCCAAAAAGGUUGGCAGAAUCCUCCGUGGAUCUGAAUUUGAAGUUGAUGUGCUGGAGGCUGGUGCCUACUCUGGAUCUGGAGAAGAUUGUGGCUGCCAAGUGUCUGCUGCUGGGAGCUGGCACCCUGGGCUGCAGUGUUGCAAGGACCCUGAUGGGCUGGGGGGUGAGGAAAAUCACUUUUGUGGACAAUGCAAAGAUCUCCUACUCCAACCCUGUGCGGCAGCCGCUCUACGAGUUCGAGGAUUGCCUGAGUGGGGGCAAGCCCAAGGCUCUGGCAGCAGCAGAAAGGCUGCAGAAAAUCUUCCCAGGAGUGAGCUCUGAGGGUUACAACAUGAGCAUCCCCAUGCCAGGCCACCCCGUGAACUUCUCAGAGGUGACCAUGGCCCAGGCUCAGAGGGACGUGGCACAGCUGGAGGAGCUCAUCGAGGGCCACGACGUGGUGUUCCUGCUGAUGGACACCAGGGAGAGCCGCUGGCUGCCCGCUCUCAUCGCAGCCAGCAAGAGGAAGUUGGUCAUCAAUGCUGCCUUGGGAUUUGACACUUUUGUUGUUAUGAGGCAUGGCCUAAAGAAACCAAAGCAGCAAGAAUCUGGUGAUUCACGUUUCAGCAACGCCUCUGCUUCCUCUGAUCUGCUGGGAUCCUCACUCUUCUCAAACAUCCCUGGCUACAAACUGGGCUGCUACUUCUGCAAUGACGUUGUGGCACCAGGGGAUUCCACCAGGGAUCGGACUCUGGACCAGCAGUGCACGGUCAGCAGGCCUGGACUGGCCAUGGUGGCUGGAGCCCUGGCAGUGGAGCUCAUGGUUUCUGUGCUGCAGCAUCCUGAAGGGGGUUAUGCUGUGGCCAGCAGCAGUGAUGACAGAAUGAAUGAACCACCCACUUCUCUUGGGCUUGUUCCUCACCAGAUCCGAGGAUUUUUAUCCAGAUUUGAUAAUGUUCUUCCAGUCAGCCUGGCAUUUGAUAAGUGCACAGCCUGUUCAGCCAAGGUCCUUGAGCAGUAUGAACGAGAAGGGUUUAAUUUCCUAGCCAAAGUUUUUAAUUCUUCACAUUCCUUCUUGGAAGACUUGACAGGUCUGACUUUACUACACCAGGAGACACAGGCUGCUGAGGAAUAAAUCUAUUUUCAUGUGGGGGGAAGAGGCUUUGCAAGGAGAACCUGGACAGACCUGGAGCAGCAUCGAUGUGCACUGUGUUCUUCAGGAAGCUGCUGCAGGCAAUGAUUGCUGGCUGCUUUUCCUCCCUGGGAGCAGUAUUGAGCACUGAGGUGAUCAAUAUCAGCCCUUCUCUGCCAGAGGGGCUCUGGGCUUUAUGGGUUUCCUCUUUCAAGAAGAAUCCAGCUCCAUUGCAGUUGCAGAGGUGCCCUGCUCUUCUCCAUGCCUCGUUUUCACUGCCCUGGUUAGGUCAGCACCCAAACAAGGAGUGUUGGGGCUGAUGAAGUGAUGUUUUGAUUUGUGCUCUGGUGGUAAACGAUGUUAAGUUGUACUUUGUUGAAGAUUUUAGAGUGCUUUUAGCUAAUGAUGAGCACAGCACACCAAAACUUUGAAGGGAACUGCUAGACUGAAGCUAUAAAAUCUUUAUUUUGGGGAAGCAGUUCUCUUGUAGAAAGAGUUUCAAAUUCUGCUGGCUCUUCUUCCUUUGAAGAAGAAAUCUCCAGUAAAGGAGAAGUAAUGAAAUUCAGGGAUUAAAUCCCUUCCAUUGCAAUUUACUUUGCCACAAAGAAGAAUGAAUAGGCUGUUCAAGAUGCUUUCUGUUAUUCUCAUGUGAAGAAUAAGAAAUUACACAACACAGACAAACCCGCUGAUGAGCUUAAUUCUAAUUAAGACCAUAAAUUCUACAAUGUGCAUCUCAGUCCAAGAGUAUAUGAGUGCUUGUGCAAAUAAAAUCAGAUUUUAAAGAAGAGGAAGUUUUGCUGCUGGCCAAAUCAGUGCCAGAUUUCAAUCAACACCAAUUGUUGUAGCCUUGCCCAGGGGUUCUGGGAAGGUCUUGGGGCAGGGCUGCCUCAGCACCCCCUCAAGUGUUAAUUAAGUCACUUCAUUAGGGACCAGUGUGCUCUGGUCACCCUGGAGCCUGUGAAAUGUUGUCCACCAGAUUAUUUCCAUUGUUAACCAGGUUUGCCUGCUCCUGAAAAUCCAGAAUUCCUCUGGAACCAUCUCCUGCACUUCUCUGAGGGCAUUUCUGCCAGGGUGAGCCCAUGCAGGCAAUUCUCACAUCCCCCAAGUGAUGCCUUGGUGCUCUCUUACUGCCACCAGCUGAGUCUCACCCCAAACCCCUCUGCACAAGCAGCAACAGCUUCUUUUCAACUCUGGGACCAAUUUCCCUGUGAAUAAUAGUGGAAUAUAGGAAAUAUGUAGGAAUAUAGGAAAUGGUAAUAAAUGAAAAGUGAAGAGCUGCUGGAAAAUCCUGUGGCUCUAGCCCAGCCUCUCUUCAAUGCCAGCAGUUGCUAAGUCACAGAGGAAAUUAAGCACCACCAAUUUUAAGAGCAGAACAUCAAUUUUAAGACAUGCCCCUUGGUGGAAAUCUCAUAUGGAAAACUUGUUUGUGAGCAACUUCUCAGCUUAAAUUUUCACCAUGGCUCAGGGUUUCUUCCUUUGUGAACCAUGAGGUAAUUUUACCAGAGUGAGUGUUUAAAGAUUUGCAUCCAUGUUGCUACUGAGUUUUGGUUGAUUUUAUUACUAAUUUAUAAAGCAGGCAGAUUUGAGACCUUUUAAAAUGAAUAUUAACCCUGAGCUCUCUUUCUGUUUGAAUAUUUCCCUGGUGUUUGCACUUUAAUGAACAUCUCUGCAAAGCACUGGUGUUUUCUUUCCCUCACUGUAGCUCAGGUUCUCCUGAAGUUUCCUUUUCCCAGCACUUUUUUGGAGCACAUUAAAACCUGGCUCCCAGCUGGAAUCUGCCAUGCAGAAUGGUUGUUUUUAUGGAACUGGCUGGAGUCCUGGAGAAACCACCUGAUAUCUUCAGAGUGAUCAAAAUUAAUGACCAAGUCUGGAGUUAAAACCCAGCUUUGAUUCCAAGGUGAGCCACUUUGUGCUUGAGAAGAGAAGGACUGGUUCUCUCUUAUCUCUUCAGUGAUGAUUUCUCCUUAGCAAUAACUUCUCUUAGUUGAUUUAAGGUCAAACUAGUUGGAAUGGAAAAUCUUGGAAGUGGUAAAUUAAAGUUGUGCCCGACCUCAUGAAGAGACAUCAAAAAGGUCUGCAUUGUUAUAAAUGUAAUAAAAAUUUAGCCAAAAGUGUCUCACUUUUAAGCUUGGAGAUCAUAACAUUAACAAAAUAAAAGUUUUAGGAUGAGUUUCUGUUUUCUUGGUCUCUCAACCUUUAAAAAGCCCACUCUAGGUGUUAAAUAAUGUGUUUUAAAUGAGUGCUGAGUUAUUGCAUUUUGUAGUGCUGAGUUUGGGAGACCAAAGCUUUUCCUCCGUGUGAUAUUUCACAAAGCAAAAGCUGCUUGUGAGUUACUGAGUUUGUUAUUUUCAUAUACAGCAAAACUUUUUGUUAUCCUACAGGUGUGGUGAUGAUUUUUAGUCAUUUAAUUGUUACGCAGUAACCCUGAAAUAAUUCUCUUUUGCUGGAGCCAUAGGAGUGGUUUUGGUAAAUAGAAAAUGCUAGACCUGCAAAUCUAACAAGAGAACUUUUAAAGAGUUAGGCUGAGCUGCAAGCCCUGCGAGGAAGGAAAUUCAUGGCUAAAAUGUGAUUAGGAUCAGCUCCCAGGGGUGAUCUGCAGUCUGUGUGUGGCAGUUCUGCUGCCAUCUCUGUGCAGGGAGGUGGAUGUGCAGGUGGUGUCUGAUUGCUGGAGUGUCAAGUGCUGCAAAAUGGCCAUUGAAUGGCACAGGACCCUCUGAGACAGGAGGGGAAUUGCAGGUAAAACACAAAAGUAAAUGGAAUAAAACUGGUCUAAUUAGAAUGACCUGAAAGCUGUGAGGUUGUGGAAAUAAAUUUGGAGAAAAACCUCUACGUGUGUAAGGACAUCAGUACUUUGUCACCUGGAAAUGAGAGUUCUGUUGAAGUGCUUGUUCUAUACAAAAUAAACUCCUGUGGUUGUAAAGAACU